UUUUGACAAAGCCUUUUUAUGAGUAAAAUAGACAUCUUGGAGUUGUCAUAAGCUGAUGCAUUGCUGCUUCUACACCACAUUUUGUUCUUAUCAGUUUAAAACUUACAAAACCCAUUUCAGAUUCUGUGGACAUGCCUUUAGCAGGAGGGUACGACAGAUUCACUAAGUUUAAAUCGUAAAAUAUCAAUUUACCCAUUCUUAUUUUCUCUCACUUUUUAUAUGCUCCAGGAUGGCAAUGGUUCUCAACCUUUCACUGAUAUUUCCCGUAUAGAUGACAACGUUUGUGUUAUUAAAGUUCUUUUCCUCCUAUAGAUUACAAAGGUUGGAGUUAAAGAGCAAAAGCUCUAAGGAGCGCUGCUGGCAUAGCGCGUCUGAAUGGCAGGCAACCGGGAAUGAAUACGAUGUGAUGUAUUGGUCGACGCCGGUUUUUUCUGUGUCAAUUUCAGGCAACCGGGAAUGAAUACGAUGUGAUGUAUUGGUCGACGUCGCAUCAUUCUCAAUGUUGCAUUCACGUCAAUAAUGGUGUUCAUAUUCGUUGGGAGGUGUGUUGAUACAAGAUUGCCGGAGACUGAGCCAGAGCCAUUCAUUGUAUAUAUACGUUUGCGUACUACAAAAGAAAGCAAUCAAUUUUUUUGAAAAACGUCUCGUCCAUAUCCAACUGAAUUCCCGUACCUUCCUUUAAUUUUUAAUUGCUCUCUAGGGUUUUGAAGAGCAUGCAGAACGCCAGGCAAUGAGCCAUCAUUUAUUAGAUCAUCUUCAAGGGAUUCUUCCAGAUGUGGGUGUAAUAUGGUGCGGGAGAUUUGAACUACAGGCUUAGGCAAGAUUGAAAUGGCAGAAAAGGAGGGAUGCCAAUAGUUGAGCUUUCGAUGUUGGGUAUACAUCAGGCAAUAAAUUUCAUGGCAAUAUUGAAUACAAAGCUUGGAGUUAAAGAGCAGAAGCUCUAAAGAAGCACGGCUGGCAUAGCGCAUCUGAAUGACAGUUUUGGCAUGUUACCAUAAAUCAAGGGCAUUCGAUUGACACAGAAAGAUCAGUUGUUGUAGUGAAGUUCAAUCAGUUUAUUCAACUGGCAGAUACCUAAGAAGCAAAUUGGUGGCAUGGGAAAAGAGAAAGCUAUUGGUAUUGAUCUGGGAACAACUUAUAGCUGUGUUGGAGUAUGGGAAAAUGACAGAGUUGAAAUCAUUGUUAAUGACCAAGGAAAUAGAACUACACCAUCUAUGGUUGCUUUCACAGCCAAGGAGAGACUUGUCGGAGACGCUGCCAAGUUUCAAAUUUCUUCUAAUCCUCUUAACACCAUCUUCGAUGUGAAAAGACUCAUUGGAAGGCAAUUUACUGAUUCUUCUGUGCAGGCCGACAUGAAACUGUGGCCUUUCAGAGUUGUUUCGCAGAAAAAUGACAAGCCAAUGAUCGAAGUGAGGUACAAGAGUAAGAAGAAACUCUUUGCGCCAGAGGAAAUCUCAUCCAUGGUCUUAAUGAAAAUGAAAGCUAUAGCUGAACAGUAUCUACAAAGUGAGGUUAAAAGUGCAGUCAUUACCGUACCUGCCUACUUCAGUGACUCCCAGAGGAAGAUGACUAAAGACGCUGGCCGGAUUGCAGGUCUAAAUGUAAUGCGGAUCAUCAAUGAGCCGACCGCUGCAGCCAUCACUUAUGGCUUUGGUAGAGCUAAGGAAGAGAAGAAACAUAUUCUGGUGUUUGAUCUUGGUGGAGGUACCUUCGAUGCUUCUAUUAUUGUAGUUCGGAAAGGCUUAUUUGAGGUGAAAGCAGUUGGGGGAGAGGCGCAUUUGGGAGGUGAAGAUUUUGACAAUAGGAUGCUGACCUACUGUGUCCAAACGUUCAACAAUAAGUACAAAACAAAUCUAAGCAGGAGUGCCAAAGCUCUUCGGCGACUGCGUUCAGAAUGUGAGAGGGCAAAGAGAAGUUUAUCUUCGGUGGUAGAGACUGUGAUUGACAUUGACGGUCUCUACGAAGGACAUGAUUUUUUCUUAAAGAUCAGGAGAGCAAAGUUUGAAGAGCUCAACUUUGAUUUAUUUGAUCAGUGUAUGGAAGUUGUGAAGAAAUGUGUGGAAGAUGCCAAGUUGAGUAAGUGCCAAAUUGACGAUAUUGUAUUAGUAGGGGGUUCCUCUCGGAUACCAAAGGUGCAGGAAAUGGUUCGAGAUUUCUUCGAUGGGAAGGAGCUCUGCAGAGCUGUAAAUCCUGACGAGGCAAUCGCUUACGGUGCUGCGCUUCAGGCAGCUGUGCUCAAGAAGGAGGAAGUUCACAUGGUUAUAGUGGAUGUCACGCCUUUGAGUCUUGGAAUCGCAGUGUCUGGUGGUCUGAUGGCUGUAGUUGUUCCGCGGAAUACCCCACUUCCAACUUGGAAGGAGACAUCCGUCACCACGCCGCAUGACGACCAGAUAGCUGUAAGUUUUGAAGUUUACGAAGGUGAAAGACCAUUGGUUGCAGACAACAAUCUUUUAGGAAAAUUUGUAUUGACAGGGAUUCGCGCUGCCCCGGCUAGAGUGCCAAGUAUUAAAGUUUGCGUUGAAGUAGAUGAAGAUGGAAUUCUGAGCGUUUCAGCCCACGACAAGGGUAGUGGAGCAAGCAAUGAGAUUACCAUUGCUAAUGAAGGUGGGAGACUGAGCAUUCAAGAGAUUGAUAAAAUGAUUGCGGACGCAGAAAAAUUUCGCAGGGAGGACGAAGAAGAGAGGGAAAAGCAUGUUGUCAAAAAUGCCCUUGAAUGUUACGUGUCGAACAUGAGAAAGAGGGCGAUGAAAGCAAAGAGUGAAGGCUCCAUGGACGCUGAUGUAGCAAAAGAUCUUAUAUCAACGAUCACUGACGCUGAGGAAUGGUUAGAUGACAACUACUCUGCUACAGUGGUUGAACUGCAAGACAAAUUGAGAGAAUUGGAGUUGAAAUGUCCUCGUUUGUUUUCGUCCAAGCGGUUUAAGUUUACUAAAGCAGAGGAACGGAAAUAACAGAACUCAACUAGUGGGAUGGCAAGAAACGGCAGAGCUCCUUUUUGUUUUUUGAGGUAACAGUAACUAGGUUUUGAUAUUAAUUAACAUCUUGAUACAUCAGGGAUUAUAUGCUUAUGGCAAUUACCUUGUUGCUCUCCCCGUGCAUGAAUCAAUCUUGAAUGCUCAAAUGUAUGUCUACCGACAAGCGUCAUCACAUUCAUAUGGUUUUAUCUUUCAACUAUGCAUAUAUGAUAUGUAGUUAAAUAUAUAUUAUUAUUUUUUAUCAUGAACUAUGGAAAAUCUUAUUGAGACAAUUUUUUUUUUA